GGAGAGCUCAAUGUCGCCGGUCACCCGAAGAGAUGUCUCCGCGAAAACAUGAGUAGCGCUGCCCGCUGAGGGGCCACGGACUGAUUCCCCACAAUGUGAUGUUUUGAGCGGGACCUGCAGGAUUCUUCACCCGUCGAGGUCAACUCUCUGAAGAUCUGCGGCAGUACCAGUCAUGAAGUGAGCCACUGCCGGGAUGACUGCGGUCUGCCCCGUGGAGAGCAGCCCAGAAGAGGCGGAGACUGGAGGAGGGACCGCUGGCUCCAAGGGAUCAGGGGCCCCUGUGGGCUCCAGGGUUGGCACAGGUGCCAGAGCGGACACCAGGGAAUCCUCUGACUCUGCCGGGGACUCCGUCAGCGGAACAUCUGGACCGACUGCCGGCUCGAGGUUCACGCGCUGGAGCCGACAGGACAGCUCCGACAUCAACACCGAUGAUGAGGGAGCUAUCGUUCGCCGCCUUACUCCCUUGGAAAGACUCAACCUUGAUAUGUGCCAGGACGAGAGGGUUGUCCGUGAGCUGACAGUGGGCAGGAGGAUCGGCUUCUACAAAAUCCGAGGUGAAAUUGGCUGUGGGAAUUUCUCCCACGUCAAACUAGGAAUCCACGCUCUCACCAAAGAUAAAGUGGCCAUAAAGAUACUUGACAAAACUAAGUUCGACCAAAAGACCCAGCGACUGCUCUCCAGAGAAAUCUCCAGCAUGGAGAAGCUCCACCAUCCGAACAUCAUACGCCUCUAUGAGGUGGUGGAGACGUUGUCACGGUUACACCUGGUGAUGGAGUACGCUGGUGGAGGAGAGCUUUACACGAAAAUAACCACUGAAGGGAAAUUGUCUGACAAUGAAGCCAAGAUUGUCUUUGCACAAAUUCUCUCUGCUGUUCAUCACAUGCACCAAAACAACAUCAUCCACCGGGACCUAAAGGCUGAGAAUGUCUUCUACACCAGCAGCUCCUGUGUUAAAGUGGGCGACUUUGGCUUCAGCACUCUCAGCAACCGCGAACAGACCCUCAACACAUUCUGCGGCUCCCCGCCGUACGCAGCCCCGGAGCUUUUCCGUGACGAACACUACAUCGGCGUCUUUGUGGACGUCUGGGCCCUGGGGGUGAUGCUCUUCUUCAUGGUGACGGGAACCAUGCCCUUUAGAGCAGAGACGGUGGCCAAACUGAAGCGGUGCAUCUUGGAAGGAGCCUUCACUCUGCCCGCCUCGGUGCCCGAGCCGUGCCAGAGACUGAUCAGGGGAAUCCUCCAGCCGAUGCCGUCGGACCGCUGCACUGUCGAGCAGAUGAUGGGCUGCGAGUGGCUGACGCCUGUGGAUUUCCCGCGGGCUAUGGAGCCCUUUCAACUGGACCCAUCCCACCUCGCGGAGACAGAUAUAUCUGGCCUGGGAGAGGAGGGGAUGGAGGUCAAAACAGCGCUGGAAAAUUUAGGAAUCACUGCAGAGCAUAUUGUAAACAACCAGGGGAAAGACUGCAGAAGCUCCAUCACUGGUGUCUAUAGGAUUCUGCUGCACAGGUCUCACAGGAGACGCGCUGUCGUCAGCCUGCCAGUGAUGGCACAAGUGGUGGGACCGACAAAAAGAAAAAAGGAGCGUCUAAAGGCGUAUAGAAGUUUACGCCACACAUCCAAACUCUGUGUGAUUCUGUGACUGUCUCCACCUGGCUUUGAAAAUAAUCUUUUAUUUUUGGAAUUUAAGGCUUGAAUAUUCUGAAUAAUGUUCCUCGUGACUACAUUGAAGAGGAGCUCUCAGUGUGACUUUGAUCGCCUCGACUAUGACGCUAACAUAUAUUGGGAGUUCCUUAAAAACAAGAGGACGUCAUCUCUAAUCUACUACGGUCUUGAAAGCAAUAAAACAUUCGGAUGUAGCAGUAAAAAAGAAAAUAUUUCUGGAUAUAUUCAGGACAAUUUUGUAACAGUGACAUCAGAGAAUGACAUGGCUACUAGAUUUUUGUCCAAUGGAAUGAUCGUGGAUUUUUAAUUGUAACCUCAUUUCUCUGUGGCUAAUGAAGAGCUAAUAAAUUGUAUGAUGCUGCUAAAACCAACAACCAUCAGGACGUUUUAUUUUCACUGAUCAACGCUUCUUGAGGGUGUCAUAAGUUGGUCAUACCAGUCAUAUAAAGUUGACCUGUCACCUUCUGGUAAGUGAUGAGAGUCAUCGCUUUAGAAUAAAAGAACUCACAAUCUUUAAAGAGGUUUUAAAACCUUGAGUUGAGAGACGGAUUCUCAAACUAAAUAGGUAUAAAAAUACAUAGGUUCGCUGCUCAUUACAACCAAAUGUGACGUAUGUG